AGGAUUUUCCGGAAGACCAGUGGCAAUGGUGGUAUUGCCUUGUACUUGGGAAAGAGAGACUACGUGGACAAUGUGGAUUCAGUGGAAGUAGUUGAGGGGGUCCUUAAAGUUGACCCUUCUGGUCUGAAGGGCAGAAAAGUGUUUGUGUACCUCGCUUGUGCCUUCCGCUAUGGCAGUGAAGACUUGGAUGUGAUUGGUUUGUCCUUCAGGAGGGACAUUUGGGUAAAGCGCAUCCAAAUCUAUCCACCUCAAGGGGAAAACCCACCCAAAACACCAAUGCAGGAUGCCCUAAUGAAGAAAGUUGGAGAGCAAGGAUAUCCCUUUGCCUUCCAGAUGCCAGCAAAUAUCCCAUGCUCAGUGUCUCUGCAGCCUGGGCCAGGGGAUUCUGGAAAGGCUUGUGGCGUUGACUUUGAAAUCAAAGGAUAUAUUGCCAAUGAGCGGGACAACCCAGAUGAGAUCAUUCACAAGAAGGACACUUGUCGUCUGAUCAUUCGUAAAAUACAAUAUGCACCUCCUAAAACCAAUCCUGGACCCAAGACUGAAAUCAGCAAGCAAUUUAUGAUGACUGACAAGCCAGUUAACCUGGAGGCCUCCCUUGAGAAAGAGCUUUAUUACCAUGGAGAUCCGAUCACUGUGAAAGUAAAAGUCAAUAAUGAGACUUCGAAGGUUGUGAAGAAAAUCCGAAUUGUUGUUGAGCAGACAACAAGUGUGGUGCUUUACUCAUCUGACAGCUACACCAAGCCUGUCUGCACCGAGGAGUUUGGGGAGACAAUAAAUGCCAAUUCAACAUUCGAGAAGUCGUUCCAAGUAACUCCCCGGCUGGCCAACAACAAAGAGAAGCGUGGCCUUGCGGUGGAUGGAAGGCUAAAAUAUGAAGACACCAACCUGGCAUCCACUACCUUGAGUCAAGUCGGGGAUAAGGAGAUGCAGGGAAUCAUUGUCUCCUACAAACUGAAGGUCAACUUGAUAGUGUCUAGCGGAGGCCUACUGGGUGGCCUAACAUCAAGUGAUGUGACUGCAGAGCUUCCGCUGUCGCUGAUGUCUCCCAAGCCUGCAGUAUAG